CUCUCCCAGGAACGGUUUGUUUGCUGACCACUUCUCCUCGGCUCUCCGACCACCCCGGGUUGAGUGUUUGACGGCCAGAGGUGCUGCAGUCUGCGGUCAGUUGAGGUGGAGGAGCUGCUGGAGUCCAGGAGUCUCCUCUGUGUGCCUCUGGGACGGCCUGUAGACCUGCGCUGGACUGAGGCUGGGACGUUGAGUUGAGUCCACGAUGGGGGACGUGAUUUCCAGCCACCUGGAUGAAUCCAAGCGGGAACUGAUCUCAGCUCGCACUGGAAAUGUGAUGGGAGAGUUUGGCUGUUUGUACGAGCAGCAGUAUGCAGUGGCUCUCUUUAACAAAGUUCGCUAUGACGUCGAAGGAGUAGGUGGCCCACAGCCUCAGCUGCUUCACCGCAAGAUUCCCCUGGAGAACAAGUCCAUCUUCUCUGGCUCACUCAGUCAGUACCUGGAGGAGAACAAGAAAUGGAGAAACCACUUUGUCUUCAUCCCAGAUUCCUACAACAUCGACUACUAUGACAACAAAGCGUCCCAUGACAGACGCCACCAUCCCAAAGGGACCAUCAACUGUGCAGGCUACAAAGUGCUGACAUCUAUGGAGCAAUAUUUGGAUCUGAUAAGCAACAGCCUGCCUGGUGUGAAAGCAAAGGUGGGAAGUUCACCCUUCCUAAAAUGUGCCACCCAGUUUCCUCUGAUCCUGUGGCACCCUUACGCCCGUCACUAUUGCUUCUGUGCGUUGACUGAGAAAGAGCAGCAGAAAUGGCAUGCAGUCCUCCAGGACUGUGUCAGACACGCCAACAAUGGUUUAUCCGAAGAAAAUAAAGUCCAGACGCCGGCCUUCACUGAUGCAGUGCGAAUCUACCGCCAAACUCAAGGGCACUAUGGCACGUGGGAGAUGAUGUGUGGUGUUCCAUCUCAGAUCCUGUCUAACUUGGUGAUGGAGGGCCUCCUCCCUGAGCUGAGGGAGCUCAUCUCCUCCCGUCUCAAAGGCAAACUGCACGAGAGGCAGAGGAACUGGAUGCUGAUCAGUGAUGCAGUGUACAGCUUGGUGCAGAGGCAGUGCAAGGACCAGUAUGAGGCGGUGUUGCAGAAAUGUGAGGCUGCCCACUCCUCUCUAGAGGCCUCCAUACGAACAGACAUGGACCAGAUCAUCACUUCCAAGGAGCACGUGACCAACAAGAUCAGAGAGGUGGUUCUCCCCAAGGCUGAGAAGCUGCUGAAGGUGAGUAUCAAGCCUUACAUCAGCUCCAUCCUGGACGCCCUGAUGGAACCAACGAGCAGAGGUUUCUUUGAGGUCCGGGAUGUUUUCUCCAGAGAGCUGUUGGACAUGAGCAAGAACACUCUGAAUGAGAGCACAAAGGAGACUGUGGCACAGCACAUGGAGAAGAUCUUUAUGCUGGCCUUCCAUCCGGUGAAGAUGCAGGGCUGCUAUGAGAAGGUGGAGAAGCUGAGUCUGGAGGGUCUGCAGCAGAGGUUUGAUGUCUCCAGCCCCUCAGUGUUCGUCCAGAGGGCCCAGAUUCUCAUGCGAGAGCAAAUGGACAAUGUAGUGUACACGUUUGAGCAGAUCUUUCACCAGAGUCUGGAGUCUCAGGGUACUGAGGAUCUCUGCAAGACCAUUCAGCGCUGCCAGGACAGAGUCAUUAAGAAAUUUGACUAUGACAGCAGCACAGUGAGGAAGCGUUUCUUCCGUGAGGCUCUCCUACAGAUCUUCAUCCCUUACAUGCUGAAGCAGCUCAACCCUCCCUGUGCCUCUGAGCUGCCGCGCUUCCAAGAGCUUAUCUUUGAGGACUUUUCUCGCUUCAUCCUGGUGGAGAACAUCUUUGAGGAGGUGGUACUGCACUCUGUCAUGAAGGACAUCAUGUUGGCUGUGAAAGAGGCUGCAGUCCAGAGGAAACACAACCUGUAUCGGGACAGCAUUUGCCUCAGCAACAGUGACCCCAACCUGCACUUACUGGGAGAAAACCCUUCUGUCAACUGGGCCGCAAAGUAUGCGAGAGCCCAGGAGGAGAAUAACGGAGCAGGAGAGGACGUUGAGGAUGACAGCGAUGCCAAAUGUGGGGAGUCUCAGAAAAGGAGGACAAAGCAAGUGGUGUCCAUGAUCCAGGUGGAGGACUCAGUGGCUCUUCCUAGCGAGUCAUGCUUGGAGGGAUCCAGUGUUGAGGACAUGCCUGAGGAGGAUAAAGAUGAAGAGGAUGAGGAUGAGGAGAAUGUGGAUGAAAUGGCUUCCUCAGAGCAGAAUGAACCUGCAGUUUCCACAGUGUCAGAAAACACUCCAGAUCUGACCAGUGGUGCUGUCUUAAAGGAAGAGGAUGGUAAACCAGAGGAGCACCAGAAAGAAGGCAUCCUGCUGAAGAAUGAAUCGGCUGCAGAAGGUGGUUUAGCUGUAAAAGAAGAGGAUGAGGGAACAGACAGCCAGCUGGUGGAGGAGGAGCAGCCUUCCUUUAACCAGGAGUCAGGGGAAGCAUUGCCGCCUCCUGCCAAGGAAAUCCCACCUGGAACUACAGAGACUGCUUCUGUCAGCCCUCCAAAGGUGACAUCUGACUCUCCUCCAUGUCCACAUGAUGACAGUCAUAACCAGUUUCCCACCAGUGAAGUGGAGAAUGAGGAGGAGGUCUCUAGCCCAACCGACCUACAACCCACAUAGGUGCACCUGAGGGGGAAAAGGAGGCAAAUGUAGCCACAAAACCUGUGACUCUGAGACCAGAGAUGACAUCAUUUCCAUUUUUCUGACCUAACCGGAACCCUGCCUUCUUUUGUUUUUGUUUUUUUAACAUUAAAAGACAUUUUAUAGCAUUUUGACCACAUGAGUUUUCCACAGCAGUAAAUCACUCAGCAGAACGUCAGCUUUGAUCAACACAAUCCCCACGUCUAGUUUCUCUUCACCUGGUGGAAAUAUGAGCACAGUGGAGGACCUUGAGUUUAUAAGGGUGUGUUAUAACCUGUGACAUGUUGUAAGAACACCCUAGUUGGGGUGCCUUUGGUGAAAUAUGCGUUGAUUUAGCUCCCAAAAUUGUCUUGAUUAGCUAGUAGGUGACCUGCAGUGAAUAGAUUCUUUUCUGACUGUAUUUGGUAUAAAAAGCAGUUAGUGUUGUUUGAAACUUAGUAAGGUUGUCACACUUGAUUCAUCUCAAACCAAGUGUGAGAACCAAAACUCCGGCUUCUUACUGGACCUAAUUAACAAUUAGAAAAUAUUUUCCAGAAUGCAGAAAAAUUAUUUUUUUUCCUUGUCAAACUUGCAUUUGAUUAAUUGUCUUAAUGAACACACAGACAUCUCAAGACUUGACCAUUUCUUUUGUGUUAUUGAGGAUUACUUUAUUUUAUAUGACUUUAUUCCAUAACAAAGAAAGCAUGUGUAUAUUAUAUAUAAAUGUGUGUAUGAACCAAUGAACUGCCACACUGUCAUUUUGCAUCAUUUUAUAUCAUUUCGUCAGUGCCUUGGCUGAUCUCUUCACCCCCUGUUUAUUUAUUAUUUGGCAUCCUUCUAUUUUGUGAUUGAUAUGCUUUUAGAUUUAUUUUACUCUUGUGUGAUGUAAAUGACUAUUAUUGAUAAUAAAUCAUUAUUGAUUACAUAAAGUCAA